AUGAAAAAGGUGGAGGAAUUUAUCUUAAUUUAAAUUCAAAUAGAUUCCUUUUAUUUUAAACACUAAUUUACUAGAAUUAAGCAUAAGUAGGAGGAGGUGUUUAUCUAGAGGGGAACAGCAGUUUGAAUGUGGAUAAUUUUUAAUAAUCAAUUAUCUUAUUUAAUUCUGCUAAUUUUUCUUCAAAUAAUAUUAAUGAAUUGCCCUCACAUUUAGCUUUGUAGUUGAAUUACCAGGAAAUGCAUUCUUAGUAAUAAUAGAUUGAUAAUCAGUUAGUCUAAGUAUUAUCACUAAAUCCUUAUAAAAUCAUAUCACAAAAUCAUGUUGUAAGAACAAAUUAUUUAACUGUGCCUAGUGGUUAAACUCUAUCUAAUUAUCAACUUUAUAAUCCUAAACUUUAACAAUAUAUUUCUUACUUUAAUGAAAUUUCUAUAAUUUUGAAAAACAGCAUGAAUGAAUAAUAAUCACUUCACUUAAUAAACUCUUCAUGCAAUUUGAUCUAAAAAAUUCUUGAUAUCAAAUCCCAUUCAAUUUAAGAUACUAAUCGUUUAUAAAGUAUUGCCUAUGAUUCAAAUUCAAAUAAGUUUAAAAUGGGAUUAUCAAAAUUCAAUUUUGACCCAUAUUCAUAGGAUGAUAAAAUAUAUGAAAUAUUUAUUGAAUGUAAAACUGAAUAUUAGGAUAAUGCCUUAUUCUAUAGAAUGAGAGUCAAAAGCUUUUUCUGUUAAUUAGGUGAAUUUUACAUAUCUGGUAGUUGCUAAAUAUGCCAAUCAGUUUAAGGAUUUUAUUCAGUGACUUACAAUACUACAAAAUGCUCUAUUUUUGAUAAAACUAAAUUUGAGGCUAUAACUUCGAAUGGAAUUUAACUCAAAAAAGGUUAUUGGAGGCCAAAUUAUGUAUCUGAUUAUAUUGAACGUUGCUAUAAAAAUACUGAUUAAUGUUUAGGCGGUUGGUCUAUAGGUGACAAUACAUGCAAUUAGGGAUAUAUUGGAGGUUUGUGUGAGGAGUGUGAUAAAUUUGAUUUAAGAGGAGAUGGAUAAUACUUUAAGAACUAAUAAUAAUUGGAAUGUUAAUAAUGCUAAGAGCUUUCAAAAAGAUUAAUAGCUUUCUUAUUGAUAUCAUUUUGGUAAACUAAAUAAAUAAUACUAUUAGGGCGAUUUUAUCAACUCUACUUACCAUCCGAAGCAUUGAAAAGUCAAAUUAAUUAUUUACAUCGCUUAAAUUAAAAUAAAAAUUUGCAGAUAUUCUAUUCAAUCUUGAUUAAGGUAAAUAUAAUCUAUUAAUUUAGAUCAUGAAAGCAUUUUACUUAAAUUAUUUUUAAAUUACUUAUGGAUAUUUUCACUUAUCUUUACAUUUAACAUUAAAUUUUCAUUCUCUUUAAGCUUUAUUAAAUAAUCUAAUGAUACUUCUUACUUUAUGGCUAAUUAUUUUGAGUGCUUUUUGUCUAAAAUAGAAGGCACUGAAUUAAUUUACAGCAGAAUUAUUGUAACUAUAGGAUUAAUAUUAUCUUAAAUAUUAAUACUUAAAAUAUUUUCAUUAUUAACAGACCAUAAAUAUCAAAGCAGAAUUAUAUCAAUAACUAUGCUUUAUUUAUAUAUUUAAAAUUACGCAUCACUAAUAAAUUAGUAACAUUUAUUUCUUAAUAUUUUUAGAUUCUUUUCUAUUUUAGCUGUGAGAAGGAUUUCAUAAAUAGACUAUAUCUAAGGAGAUGUAUCAUUACUAUAUGGAUCGAAUACUCACAUUAAAUGGAUAUUUGGAUUUGUAGUGCCUGGAUCUAUAAUAUUAGCAUUUAUAUUACCUUUUUCUAUGUUCAUCUUCCUUUACUUUAAGAAGGACAAACUUAAUAAAAUUAAGUAUAGAAGAUAAAUUGGGUAUUUAUUUAAUGAAUAUACUGGAAAAACUUACUUUUGGGAAUGGAUUAAACUAUGGAAGAAAACAAUUAUAAUAAUAAUACUGAUUUAUUUUGAAACUGAUAUGUUUUUAAAAGCUUCUUUGUUAGGAUUGUGUUUAUUGAUUUAUUAAUUCUUAUCCUAACACUUUAAACCAUAUAUCCUGCAAAGAUUUAAUAUUUUGGACAUAUAGGCUGGUUAGCUUUGCUCUGGUGGAAUAUUCCUAGCGGCUGUGAAAUAUAAAUGCGAAUAUGAAGAAAAUUAUGUCAUAUCAGCUUUCAUUUAAACCAUUAUAAUAUUGAUCAGCUUAAUAUUGAGCUACCCAUUUGUUAAAAAUAUCCUAAAGGUUUAUUACAAAAAGUUUAAACCACAGAUUUUAUCAUCCUUGCUUUCCAUAUUCCUUAAAGCUUAAACUAAUUCUAAAUAUACAAAAUAUUUAUCAACAAAUCUAAAACUUAUUCGAUAGAAAGAAGAGAAUGUUAAAAUUAAUUUUUCAAAAUUAAGAAAAGCUUUUUUAAAAAAGAAAUAUUAUGAAAAUUAAAAGUAAAGUUUUAUCUCAUAUUAGAUUAAAUAUCAGAUUGACUAAUAAUUUAUCAAAAGAAUAAUAAGUUUGA